UCUAGCUUUUCAAAUGGCUGAAUCUCUACUUCAAAUGGUGAUUGAAAACUUGCAAGCUUUUGUUCAGGACGAGCUUGCAACUCUUUGGGGCGUCCAUUCGCAGAUUCAAGAGCUGUCAGGGAACCUUGCUGCAAUCCAUGCAGUGCUCCAAGAUGCUGAGGAGAAGCAGAUCAGAGAGCGUGCUGUGAAGCUUUGGCUGCAGAAGCUUUCAGAUGCAGCACACGUGCUUGAUGAUAUCUUAGAUGAAUGUUCAAUAGAGUCCAACCGUCUACACAGUGAGCAGUGCUUAACUCGUCUUGAUCCUGUGACCAUUAUGUUUCGUCGGGACAUUGGUAAGAGGAUGAAAGAGAUGGUUGACAGGUUUCGUCAAAUUGAUGAAGAAAGGAGAAGGUUUGAAUUGCGUGGAAGAGUUCCAGAGAGGCAACAAGAAGAUGAAGCAUGGCGCCAGACAUGUUCCGGUAUCACUGAGCACAACAUCUAUGGAAGGGAGCAAGACACAGAAAAUAUUGUGGAGUUUCUUUCAAGGAGUGCUGAUAGCAGUAAUGACCUCUCUGUUUAUCCAAUUGUUGGCAUGGGGGGCCUUGGAAAAACAACUCUUGUCCGAUGGGUUUACAAUGACAACAAGGUAAUUGAACAUUUCGAUCUGAGAAUUUGGGUUUGUGUUUCCACUGAAUUCAAUACCAUGAGAAUUCUAGAGUCCAUUGUGGAAUCUAUAAGUGGACAUAACCCGAACCUCUCUACUUUAGAAGCAAUGAAAAACAAAGUUCAAGAAAUGCUGCUAGGCAAAAGGUAUUUACUUGUUCUAGACGAUGUGUGGAGCACGGACAAAUGGGAGGACUUGAAGUCUGUUUUGCUUUGCGGUGGUGGAACAAAAGGUGCUGCAAUUUUGGUCACUACCCGAGUUGAGAGUGUUGCAUCUGUCAUGGGAACAUGCCCUGCUCAUCACUUGUCACCAUUAUCCGAGGAUGACAAUUGGUUAUUGUUCAAAUACCAUGCAUUUGGAUCAGACAAAGUGGAGCGCACAGAGCUUGUGGCAAUAGGCAAGGAGAUUGUAAAGAAAUGUGGUGGUUCCCCUCUUGCAUCUAAAGCACUUGGAAGCCUUUUGCGCAAUAAAAAGGAGGAAAUACAGUGGGUGAAUGUAUUGGAAAGUAAGUUUUGGGACAUACUUGAGGAUGAUGCUAUUAUUGUACGUGCUUUGAAAAUCAGCUACUUCAAUUUGAAGUUGUCAUUAAGACAAUGCUUUGCUUUUUGUGCCAUUUUCCCCGAAGAUUUUCGAAUGGAAAAGGAGCAACUUAUUCAUCUUUGGAUGGCCAAUGGUUUGAUCAAAUCCAAAGGGAAGUUGGAGAUUGAGGAUGUUGGUAAUGAGGCUUGGGAGGAAUUAUGUCAGAGGUCAUUUUUCCAAGAAGUUGAGAUUGAUGAAUUGGGAAGAACUACAUUCAAGAUGCAUGAUUUAUUUCAUGAACUUGCCCAAUCUAUACUGGGAGAAGAGUGCAGAGUUUAUGAUGAGUCUGCAAGCUUGACCAAUUUGUCUACAAGGGUCCACCAUGUCACUUGUUUAAAACCAGAGGCGGAGGUAAACAUGGAUCCCUUCAAGAAAGCUGAGUCCUUGAGGAGUAUGAUUAAUCUUCUUCCAUUAGAUGAUCACAAUCUUUGUGGUUUGCCACCAUUCAAUUCUCUCCGUGCACUACGUACAAAUGCUUCUCAACUCUCAGCACUGAAGAGUUUAAUGCAUUUGAGGUACCUAAAUCUGCGUAGGAGCGGUAUCACAACGCUGCCCGAAUGUGUUUCUAGAUUACAAAAAUUGCAGAUUCUGAAGUUGGAAAGCUGUCUAAAUCUUUCUUGUUUGCCCAAACACUUAACACAACUGAAAGAACUUAGACAUCUCCUAAUUGAGGAAUGCCAUUCAUUAGUCGAGAUGCCUCCAAAUAUCGGCGAGUUGAAAUGUUUGAAAACAUUGAAUCUUUUUAUUGUGGAUGCAAAGGCAGGGUAUGGGUUAUCAGAGUUACGUGAUUUACAGCUUGGAGGCAAACUACGCAUCAAGGGGCUUGAAAAGGUCAUAAAUGAGGGUGAUGCUAGAGAUGCUAAUUUGAGUGCUAAGAAGAAGUUGGAAAAGUUAUACCUGUCAUGGGGCUCCUCUGAUUCAAGGUGUGGUGCCAAUGCUGAGAGAAUACUUGAAGCCCUUGAGCCUCCCUCCAAUCUCAAGAGUUUUGGGAUGAAUGGUUACAGCGGAGUAGAGUUGCCUAGCUGGAUGCAAAAUACUUCAAUUCUUUCCAGCUUAGUUAUGGUGAUACUCUAUGAUUGCAAGAACUGCAAGCACCUUCCUCCGCUGGGUAAAUUACCACAUUUAACUGUUCUUUAUGUAUCUGGAAUGAAAGACGUGAAGUACAUUGAUGAUGACUCUUAUGAUGGCGUGAAUCAGAAGGCUUUUAAGUCGUUGAAGUACCUGACCUUAUUGAAGCUGCCAAACUUGGAAGGGAUGUUACGGGAUGAAAGAGUAGAAAUGCUUCCAGUUCUUUCUAAAUUAAAGGUCUCGUGUGUCCCUAAGAUUAAGUUGCCACUCCUUCCAUCUCUAGAGUACAUUUGGAUUGAAGGAACAGGGUCAGACUCUGAUAAUAGUGAUAGUGAAGGUAUGGCUUCCAUCCUUGUGGCUAUUGGGCAGAAUAUGCAGCAUGUCAAGACCCUCCGCAUUUCAGGCUUCCCUAAACUCAAGGCAUUACCCCAUGAAUUAAGCAGCCUCAGCUCGCUACAAAAGUUAGAAAUUUAUGGUGGUGAUGAACUUGAAUCGUUUUCGGAGAAUGUGUUGCAAGGUCUGUGUUCUCUCCAAAGUUUGAUAAUUCAUUCGUGUAAGAAGCUCAGAUCCUUGUCUGAAGGUAUGGGACAUCUAACUCGUCUGGAGAGCCUUGAUAUCAUGAUUUGUCCAAAGCUGGUGACUCUACCGAGUAGCAUGAAGAAAUUAGUUUCGCUUCGUCGAGUUUACAUCACUUCUUGUGAUACAUUGCCAGAAGGCUUACAACAUGUGCCUUCCCUCCAAAGUUUGGAAGUAUAUAAAUCAAAUUCAAUUCCCCAGUGGUUGGGGGAAAUAACUUCUCUUCAAAAGUUAGAACUCUCCUGUGUGAGGUUAAGGUCACUGCCCAGUAGCUUCCGAAACCUGACAAACUUGCGUGAGCUAUCUAUUUAUGGGUGCCAUAAGGAGCUGCAGAAGCGAUGCACCAGAGUAACAGGACAGGAUUGGCAAGCCAUUGCUCACAUCCCACAAUUCGAACUGGUUCCCAUUGAUGAAGAAACAUUUUCUGAUAAAAUCAGAUCCAAAUGGAGAUCAUGGCAGCUAAGAAGAGAUCGACAUCGUCAUCAUUUCGCUAAAGCUGAUACAUUUGACUAUCUGGUAAGUUUGAAGCCAUUGGAAGGAAAUGGGGCCUAUAGAAAGAAGGGUGUUUAUUUCGAGGCCCCACGGUGGGCGCCAAUUGUUCUUGUAUGGAUACCUGAAGGGAGAGCUCAGUCUCUGAGAGUCGACGUCGAGUUGUUAUCUUCGGUGCCGACCUUUGAGCUUUUGUGA